GGGCAUGUUAUAAAGAUGGAAAGGCGUUUCUUUCUGAGAGGUGCAAGUGACUUCUUGGGAAUGUUCUAUUAUCUUCCUUCCAGAAUGACAUUGUUAUAUCUGAUUCUCUUGGUACUUGGGCUUCAUGCUACAAUCCAUUGUGCACCACCUAACAGCUCUGAAGGCAAAGUAACUACCUGCCAUUUGCCCCAACAAAAUGCCACUCUCUAUAAGAUGUCAUCCAUCAAUGCUGACUUUGCAUUCAACCUGUACCGGAGGCUCACUGUGGAAACCCCAGAUCGGAACAUCUUCUUUUCCCCUGUGAGCAUUUCUGCAGCUUUGGCCAUGCUUUCCUUUGGGGCCGGCUCCAGCACCCAAACUCAGAUCCUGGAGGUCUUAGGGUACAACCUCACAGAUAUUCCAGUGACAGAGAUACAACAGGGCUUCCAACACCUGAUCUGUUCACUGAAUUUUCCAAAGAAGGAACUGGAAUUGCAGAUGGGAAAUGCCUUCUUCAUUGGGAAGCAUCUGAAACCACUGGGAAAGUUCUUGGAUGAUGUCAAGACCCUCUAUGAAACUGAAGUCUUUUCUACUGACUUCUCCAAUGUUUCUGCAGCCCGACAGGAGAUCAACUGUCAUGUGGAGAAGCAAACCAAAGGGAAAAUUGUGAACCUAAUCCAAGACCUCAAGCUGAACACCAUCAUGGUACUGGUGAAUUAUAUUUACUUUAAAGCCCAGUGGGCAAAUCCUUUUCAUCCAUCCAAGACAGAAGAAAACUCCAGCUUCUUAGUGGACAAGACUACCACAGUGCAAGUGCCCAUGAUGCACCAGACAGAACAAUACUAUCACCUGGUAGAUAUGGAAUUGAACUGCACAGUACUACAAAUGGACUACAGCAAGAACGCUCUGGCACUCUUUGUCUUUCCAAACGAGGGACAAAUGGAGUGGGUAGAAGCAACAAUGUCAUCAAAAACACUGAAAAAGUGGAACCGCUUACUGCAGAAGGGGUGGAUUGACUUGUUUGUUCCAAAAUUUUCCAUUUCUGCCACAUAUGACCUUGGAAACAUGCUUAUGAAAAUGGGCCUCAAGGAUGCCUUUGCUGAAAAUGCUGACUUUCUUGGACUUACAGAGGACAAUGGUCUGAAACUUUCCUAUGUUGCCCACAAGGCUGUGCUGCACCUUGGUGAAGAGGGAACUGAAGAUGUAGUGAUCUCUGAAGUUGGAUUCCUGGAUCAGCGUGAAAUAACUCUUCACCCUAUAAUCCGAUUUAAUAGAACCUUCUUGCUAUUGAUUUUGGAGAAAAGCACUAGAAGCAUUCUGUUUCUAGGGAAAGUUGUGGACCCAACAGAAGUAUAAUUUGGGCAAUUGCAUGUGCAUAUUAUAAUGGUAAAUAAAUAAAUAAAUAAUAU